AUGGAAGAAAAGGCAAAACUUCAGAUUGAAAAUCUGGGCUGCACAUCGCAAGAGACAUUAGAUGAAGAGAACGACACGGGCUAUUUAUCUGACUCUUCUGCAUUGGAAGAUCUGCCCCGGAGAAGAGGUCGGAAACGGAAGGACAUGUGUCCGGACGAUGCCGAGAAGAAACGAGUGACAGCGAACUUCCAAGAACGACAGCGCAUGCUCAAUCUCAACAGUGCUCUGGACAGACUCAGAGCAUGUCUUCCGGAUCAGUUCAAGGUUGGAAACCGUAGAACCUCCAAAAUCAGAACCCUCAGACUGGCUGCAAGUUACAUCAGAAGUUUAGGGGACCUUUUGAAACAGGAUUCGAUCAUCCGCGAGUCAAUGCCACCACAGCCGGGAUUCGACCCCAGACUCCCGAGUCUGAAUGACGUCACCAGACAGGGGGAUGGUGGGGAGAUCUACACACCUGAGAAGGAUAUUUCCUUCCCCCAGCAGCAGGAUCCGCUGACCCACACAACGCCGGACUACAGGUACCCGUUCUAUGGACAUCAUCAGUUUGGCUCCAGUCCUCACUUCAACUACAGCAGCCACACGACGUCCUCGCCACUACAGCAACAUCCGGCGUUCUCACAACUUCCUCUACAGUAUCUUCCCAUGUAUCCCCCCACAGUUCUACCCCCCGGGAGUCCACCCUCUCGCAACCACAGGCAUGGUGGAACCGGUUAUCCAGCCCCUUCGGUAAAGAGGUGA